UUCUUGUGCCAUAAUGACUCCCAAAUUAGGUUGAGCAAUUCCAUUUUAAAUUCUUUUUUCUUUUUUCUUGAAUGAUGUUGUUGGUUCCAUGUUAUAUCAUUUAGAGCAUCUUGUGGAUUGUUAGGUAUCAAGGAAGUCCAAACUAAGCUUGUUGUAUACCUCUUUAACACCAAUUGAUUAUUUAGAAUGUGUUGUGAAAUUUUCGUUUAAUAUUAGGAAAUUGGAAAUGUCUAUAUCAAAGUAAAAAGCAUUCUAUUGUUUGUGAUUACAUUUACACCACAGAAUCAUAUCCUCCUAGAUUAAACAGGUGGACUGCAAUAAUAUUUUUUUAGAUAUGAAAUUUUCGAUUGCACUUAAUAGGGGGAGGUUUUCUAAUCUAUCCAAAUUUUAAGUCACUAGAAUCUCGUUGGGUUGACAUAUAUUUAUAGGUCUACAAUUAAAUUCUUUGUUUUUCUUUUGUUAUAAUAUCUUCAUUUGAAAUGACCUUCUCAAAACUUUGUUUACCAUGCUUAUCAUGUUAUGAUGGAUCAUGAAGAUCUCAAAAAGCUCCAUAAUUUUUAAACUUUUUUUAGUUUCUUUUUUGUUGUUUCUACUAUUUUGUGGAGUUUUAUUUUCUUUUAUUGGUGGGUAAUUGCACAAGUUUAGCUAUUGAGUUGGUAGUUUUGUCCUUGAGUGUCUAGUGUUGUGAUUUUUUGGAGGUUUGCUUUGUCUAUGACGGCACUGAAUUCCAAAGUUCAAUCUCUCUUCAAUUUGGCAAAAACUCCAACGGACAAAGGUUUGCUCGUGAUCAGUCAAUUAAUUCGCAUGUGUAAGGUUAUUCGAUGGCUGAAUCGGAGCAACGGGCUUUGACGGUGGGAUUUGCUCAGCGAGAUACUGAUCCCCACUCUUCCUUCCCGCACUCCUUCACGCUCAUCCAGGCCAACGCCGCUCGGAGCUUCUCGUUCCACCGCCCUCCAACCGCAGGCACCGCCACUGCGGGCGGCACCACCGCGCAGCCGCUGUCGGCCCCGGAACUGGUGCCCAAGGCACAUCUUGAGGCCACACGCCUUGCACGUGCUGGCGUCGGAGAACGUCGGCACCUCCCUGCACCGACAGUUGGGGCACACCGACGUCUUCUUCUCCCUCUCUUGCCUCCGCAAGAUCGUCUUUCCGUCUUCCCCAGUGGUCCCGAUCGCAGUCAAGCAGGCUUCGCAAGUAACGAGCCGCUGGUUCAGGCGGUCCGAAUUCGGGCACUUGAGGCACAUGUGGAUCAUGAUUUGUUUCAUCCCUGCCGCGCCUCGCCUGCAGCCCGCACCGACGUCGCUCCUGCUCCGCCCGCUGCUGCCUUCGCCGCGCCUCGCCUGUGGCCCGUGACGCCGCUGCUCUGCCUUCGCCGUGCCCCGAAGCCCACGACGCCGUUGCUCUCCCUUCGCCGUGCCCCGAAGCCCACGACGCUGCUGCUCUGCCUUCACCAUGCCUCGAAGCCCGCAACCCAUAGCGCCCUCGCUCAGCUCCGAGCUUUCCCUGAGCGACGCUGCUGCAGCUCGCCACUCGCCCUAGACGCUACCGUCGCUCGCCCUCGACCACCGCCGCUCGCCCUCGCCACUGCUGACCUCUUCUUGUUUUUAUUUGACAAAACCUGUGCUGAUUACAAGUACUAUGAAUUCCGGCUUGCUCAGGAGGAAAAAGCCCUUUCUUUACAGAGCAAGGAACCCCAGAAAUCUCGCAAUGGCGGAGUAGGUAUACUAGAGUCAAGAUCGAAUGCUGCCUCCCAAAGGAUCAACAGCCAGGCCAACCGCUCAAAUUACCAAACUCCUACUUCAGCAUUGUAUGAAGCUACAGAUGGUUCUGGAGUUGCUUCGGAUAGGAAUGGCGAGUCAGGUUCCACAGCAAGUGCAGAUCCUGUAGCAACUGAUGGAAUUUUACAUGAAAAAGGCUGCCUAGGAGGAGAGGAGGAGACAACCUAGACAAUCAAAAGACGAAAUGCCUCCACCUCCUUCUCUUCAAGGACCCGCCAAGAAAGGUCAUCACAUGGGCGACUUCAUUCCUCCGAAAGAGCUUGAAAGGUUUUUGGCUUCAUGUAAUGAUUGCCUCUGCCCAAAAGGGCCAUAAGCUCUUUGAUGAAUGACAAGUUUGUUUAUUAUUGAUGCAUUCAUUUCCAUUUUUUAAAA